AUGGUUGCGCGAUAUUUCGCCUCAUCGUCUUUGCUCUUGGCCCUUGGGGCAGACGCAGCCGAUUCGCUGCUGCAGCUUACACGCUUUCUAGACAAUGAGUCGUGCGACCCUGCCCUUUUGAAUCAAGAGAUCGGCCAUUUCUUGGAUGAAAUCCAUGUACAAUUCCUUCACGGCAAGGCCUGGGAGAUCAGCGGGUAUUCCAAACAUAUGGUGGAAGUUUUGGAGUCGGGAACAUUAUUUGCUUUGAGUGGGGGCCAAGGACGCCAACUACGAGUCAGUGCGGCGGUGAAAGACAAAGCGCUGCAAGACUUUCAGCCUUGGGUCCGCCUUUGCGAAGCCACGGUGCGAGCUGAAUUUCCUCACUUUGAAGUCCUCAAUGCGAUGCUUGUCUUCAACUUGAGCGACAGACCUACGACGAAACCGGCACCAAAAGAGACCUCUGCUUGCUUGCGACGAAUCGCGCUUGCUUUGGAUGUUGAUCCAGCUGGUCUUCGUUAUGAAUGGGAAUCUCUGCGGCCCAUAGCAGAAGCUCAAAAAAGACUUUCUCAGCUAGACAACAGAGAGGCUUGGAAAGCUGCCUAUGACCACACGCAGAAGAAUGCGCAUGCACGAAAGAAGUAUGCCUUGAAGCAUCUUCCAAAGACUUUGCGAGCUUAUGCUUGUUGGACUCCUUCUUCGUCUGGAGUGGAGCAGAGCUUUUCCAAAGCUGACCGUUGCUAUCACACAGGUCGCUUCGGUCCCAAAGCCGCCGACACUGAACGUCGGAGCAUCAGCGUGCUGACAAUGAGUGGGAAGGAAAGUCAGAAAGACAUCAUCGAAGGAGCUCGCCAACUCUAUGCAGCAGCAGUGAAGAGGCACAAAGGACGACAAGCAAAGCCCCGGUUUGACAAAGGCACCAAAAAGAAAAAGAAUCCGAAGUCCGAACAUACUUUUUUGGAAAAAAAGAAAGCUUCUGUACAGAAGGCCAUUCAGAAAUCUGUGACAUCCUCGUCAUCUUCCAGACCUCCCUCCGCUGAAGAUUUGCAACUGUCUGCCAAAGGAAUGAAAGAGCUCAAGCUGCAGAAUAAACGUCGUUUGGACAGAGCAGUGGAAGCUGCCGAGAACGGCUACUUACUGACGAGCGAUGCCGGUCAGCACCCUUUUUCCGAGGUCUUGAAGAAAAAGGCCACAUGUGAUGCCAAGGACAACAAGCGCAUUCAAAUGAUGGCGAAGCACAAAGUAGAAUUGCAAAACAAAUGCUUCGCACAGCAAUGGAAUUUCAAAUCCUUGGGUGCCAGAAAGACUUACUGCGAGGAAGCCGGACUUCGACCCUUGCUGCUUCCUUUGGUAUAUGUCUCAGAUCCACGCUUGGCUGAUGUUUUCAUUGCUUCUUCCGAAGUCGUUUCAGAGAAGAUCUACUUGCUUGCCGUUGCUUGUGGUGGCUGUGUGCUAUCGAAAGCAGUGCUGGAAGGGAGACAAGGCUUCAAACUGCAGUACCAGAAGGCUGCUUUCAACCGACUUCGAGAAUUUCACGUUGGUAUUCAUUGCUCCGCUGCAUUUCAAGCGAAGCAUACGGCUUUCAUGAAGGUCCUGUCUUGGGUUGUGCAGACCACUGGCUGGCGUAGACUCAAAGUGGAGAGGCUGGACAAGAACAGGUCCAUAUCGUUGGUUGCCGAGGAUGAUCCGGAAGCUAAAAGCCUACAAAAGAAGUCUUUCCUGACUCUGCAGAAAUCGGGGUUUGUGAAGCACUUGACAGACAAGUGUGAAGCCAAAGACAAAAGUUUUUUGGUUGCUGUCCUUUGA